GACAACAACAGUGUCUCACUGCAUGACGCCGCUAUUAAAGGCUUCAUUGCCUGCGUGCGUCUUCUUCUGCGAGCGGGCGCGGACGUGAACGCUCGAGCGAACACUGGCGGAACUCCUCUUCACGUUGCGUCUUACAACGGACGUGUUGAUGCCGCCGAACUCCUCAUCGCCGCGGGCGCGAACCUGGAAGCGAGGAGUCAACAUGGUACCACCCCGCUGCGCGUUGCCCUCCGAAGAGGUCAUCGCGAGGCCGCCCUGACGCUGCUGCGUGCCGGCGCGGCCAUC